AUGAAAUUUAGCCAAAAAAAGCAAUUGAAUGCUUUAUCAAGUGAUUUAUUUAAUGAUGUUAAUGACGCAUUGGAAAAGUAUGAUAGUGACCCGGAAAUUAGAGCAAUUGUAAUUACUGGAAGUGAAAAGGCUUUUGCUGCUGGAGCAGACAUUCAAGAAAUGGCAGAUAAAACUUUUGCAGAAGUUUAUAAGACAAAUUUUCUUUGGCAUUGGGGGAAAAUUAAUGAAAUAAAAAAGCCAAUUAUUGCUGCUGUUAAUGCAAUGAGUUGUGAUAUAAUUUAUGCAGGUGAAAAGGCUAUAUUUGGUCAACCUGAAAUUAAAUUAGGUGUAAUACCAGGUGCUGGUGGAACUCAAAGACUUACAAGAGCGAUUGGUAAAUCAAAAGCAAUGGAAAUAAUUCUUACGGGUAAAAAUUUUACAGCUCAAGAAGCAGAACAAUGGGGACUUGUAAGUAAGAUAUUCCCGGUGGAUAAAUUACUUGAUGAAUCAAUUAAACUUGGUCAAGAAAUUGCUGGAUUUUCACAGCCAGUCACCCAAGCUGCUAAAGAGUCCAUUAAUAAAUCAUUUGAAUUAUCGUUAAAAGAAGGAAAUCAUUUUGAAAGAAGAUUGUUCCAAACUCUUUUUGCAUUGAAAGAUAAGUUUGAAGGUAUGGAGGCAUUCCUCAAGAAACGUCUACCACAAUGGAAACACGAAUAA